AUGAAAACUACAAAAAACGUACCCAGAGCACACAAAUUUUUUCACCAAUUUGAAGGAAUUACUACUCUUAGGGAUGGUCAGUAUGUUUCCGAAUGGAAUCAAUAUACCAGUGAGUUGGCCAAAACACCUAGGAACCCAAAUUUGUGGUGUAGUCGUGCUUUAAUAUGUCUUAAAGAAGGUUAUCCAGAAAUUGCACUUAUGGAUGCUAAGAGAGUUUUACUCUUAUGUGAUGAAAGUGAAGACAAAUAUGAGAAAUUAGAAGCACUACCAGAAAGCUUUGACGAGAUGACCAAGACAAAACGGAAUGAAUUUCGGAAAUUAGCAUCAACAUUGAGACAAAUAGAUGAUAUACGAAUUCAGGUAUUACCACCACCACCAGGAAAUCAAACAAAUAUGAUGUUAUUCCCUGAAAUAUUUAAAAAAAGUGAAUUUGCUAGUAGCGUCAUUAUGUUGACAUAUAUUGAUUUUGGAUGGUUUGAAUUCAGUGGUCAAUAUCCCUGGGAUCACCAUCCGAGUGAACGCAUUUCAGCUACUGUGCUAAAAGAACUUCAGGAUCAACUUGAUAAAGCCAAUAAUAAAAAGUUAAAAGCUACCCAAAACUUUCUAUUCCAUGAACAUAUUCUAGAAGAAGAUCCAUUUGUUGCAGCGCACAAUCACUUUUCUGACAGAUGCGAAUAUUGUACGCUUGAACUUGUUGAAACUCCUGGUCAUCCAAGAUGUGGUGUCAAGUAUCACUGUCACAAUAAUCAAUGUAAAGAGCUCUUUUGUAACAAAAAAUGUUACAAACUAGCAAUGAAGCUUUAUCGUAAACAGCUUUGCGGAAAGAAUAUUGAUACUAUUAUUCAUUCUGCACAGAGAGAUCGCCCAGAGAUCUUAAAACUUUUAGAAAUUUCUUUAUAUGAUAUACAAUAUGAUUUUUGGAUAUUUAUAACAUUGAUGGCAAUUAUUGGAGCAAAUGUAUUUAAUAGAGAAGGGAAUUCUCGAGAUACUCUUGGUAUUUUUCCAUUGACAUCUCUUUUUAAUCACAGCUGUGAUCCUUUAAUUACACAUUUGAAUGCAACUGAAAGAUAUAUUGCUAAAGAUCUUAUUUCAGAACAUAUGGAACUACGUCAAAAAUACAAACGAAUAGGUUGUAAUUCCUUUCGUUUUACUAUUAUCACCUUACAACAUGUAAAAAAAGGACAAGAGAUUUUUAUUUCUUAUAUUGAUUCAACAGGUGACAAACAAGACCAGCAAACUAAAAUUUUAAAUAAUUAUGAAUUUAUAUGCAGAUGUCAAAAAUGUGAGACUAAUCCUCUGAGCUUUCUUAAUCCCUCUAUUUAUUGA